AUGACCGAGGUGGCCAGUCGUGAAGAGGCGAACGUAACUCUGCUACUCCUUGGAGACCCGGAAUGUGGGAAAUCCACGUUUCUAUCGCGUCUACAGAGUGGCAAAAAACCAACGGUGCCCCAGCCAGAUGCUGGGAACAAUAUUGACAUCCUUAAGGAUAGUGAUCAGCCAUUCCUAUACGAUAUCCGAUUCUCUAAAAAGAGUUUCACUCUGGAGAUUUACGACACAUCCAGUCCGAGCAAGCACUGGUCAACUCUAUGUCCCGAUAUUGUCAUUCUAGCAUUCGACAUCUCUAAUCGAGAGACACUUACAGGACUCAAAGCCUGGAGAAACGACAUUACUCGGUAUUUCCAACAGGGCCAGGGCGAGCGUAUUCCUGUUAUGAUGCUUGGCCUGAAGAGAGACCUGAGAAAAGAAGGCGAGGGUAUCAUCUACCCCCAAGAGACCUAUCGCAUCGCGCAAGAGCUUCGCUGUGACAGAUAUGCGGAGUGCUCAGCUGUAACAGGUGAGUUGCUUGCAGAGACCUUCGAAGAUCUUGCAAGACUGGCGGGGAUGACGACAACAGAUAAUGGUGGUCAAACAGCAGGGGGCUGUCAGAUCUUAUGA